AUGCUCUCCCUCCAACGAGCUGGUCAAUCCUUUGUACGAUGCGCCGGACGCCGGACUUUCUCAAAUUCUUCAAUACGAAACAGCUACGAUGAUACCAUUCGGAAUCUCCUCAUCCACAAAGAUACCAAAGUCCUGUGCCAGGGUUUCACGGGGAAGACGGGUACUUUCCAUGUGAGGGAGGCUUUGGCGUACGGAACAAAAAUGGUCGGUGGUGUCUCCCCUAAGAAGGCUGGAACGACGCAUCUCGGGCUACCUGUGUUCGGGAGCGUGAAGGAGGCUGUCCGUGAAGUGCAACCGGAUGCCUCCGUCCUCUACGUCCCCCCUCCUACCGCCGCAGAUGCCAUUAUUGAAGCCAUUGAGAACGAAAUCGGACUCAUUGUCUGCAUCACCGAGGGUAUCCCCCAGGCAGAUGAAAUCCGCGUCGUAAACGCCCUCAAGAGCCAGUCCAAGUCCCGUCUCGUCGGCCCCAACUGCCCCGGAAUCAUCAACCCGCUCGGCUGCAAGAUGGGCAUCCAGCCAGGCCACAUCCACAAACCCGGGAGAAUAGGUAUCGUGUCCCGCUCGGGUACGCUCACGUAUGAAGCUGUCGCCCAAACCACGGAUGUGGGCUUGGGACAGUCCCUCUGCGUGGGUAUUGGCGGAGACCCGUUCCCUGGCACCCAGCACAUUGAUGUCAUCAAGGUGUUCCUUGACGAUCCUAACACCGACGGUAUUGUUAUUAUUGGAGAAAUUGGUGGUUCUAUGGAGGAGGAGGCAGCGGAGUACCUUGAGAAGUAUAACAAGACUCGGGCCAACCCUAAGCCUGUGGUCGGCUUCAUUGCUGGCCGCACUGCUCCCCCCGGAAGACGUAUGGGUCACGCUGGUGCCAUCAUCUCCGGUGGUAAAGGUGCUGCCUCAGAUAAAGUAGCUGCUCUCGAACGUGCCGGCGUCAUUGUUACCGACAGCCCCGCCAAAAUCGGCCAGCAAAUGCUCCAGGCCAUGCAAGCUGCUGGUCUGGCCUAA